CGGAUGACAGGUAACACCAUGGCGGCGUGCGUCUAAGCUGCACCAACGCUUUUUCUGCAAUUUUAGAGGUGAAGAGACGCGGGGCAGAAUGUUCAAGAAAAAGAGUAAAAAAGUGCAGAUAUCUGCGCCAAGUAACUUCGAGCACCGCGUCCACACAGGCUUUGAUCACCAUGAACAAAAAUAUGUUGGGCUGCCUCCUCAGUGGCAAGGAAUUGUAUCAAAUGCACUCGAUAAGGGGAGACCAAUGCCACUGGUUGAUCCAUCGCAGAUCACCCCCAUGGAUAUGCUCGACAUGAAGGGGCCACCAGACACCUCGAGAGGGCAUGACUCUUCAAGCAGAUUAAGUCGUGGUUUUGCUACUCUUAACCUGGCUGAUCCGAGUAAAAAUCCACAGCAGACCACCAUGAGAGGAGAUCGAGGCAAUAGCAACAACAGUAACAACAACAAUAAUAACAGCAGCAGUAGCUCAUCGAACCUCCCCAAGACCUCGAGUGUCGCACGGUCCAACUCCCUCCGAUCCUCCAGUCCCCCAAGACUACGGCGGCCAGAGCAGUGGGGCGGCUACAAUCUCCCCCCGACUCUACACGAGGGGGAGGUUCUGGAUGGACCUCCCCACAACUGGCCCCCUCAUGCCCAAUACCCAGGACAUCCCCAGCACCCACAGGGCCAGCAUAUGCCUCAUCCAAACCAUCCAGGGCAUUACCAAGGUCACCCACCGGGCCACCCACAAGGUCAUCCAGGUCACCCACAAGGGCCCCCAGGUCACCUCUCUCACCACCCCAUCAGCCCUACGCAGCCCCCCAAGGGCUCACCUGGCUAUCCUCCCCACCUGCGCCCACAGCAGGGCCAUGGUCCUCCCCACUCAGGUCAGCAUGGUCCCCCUCAUGGUGGCCCACCUCAUGGGCCACCUCAUGGCCCACAUGGCCACCCUGUCAAUGGGGAGGAGAGAUGGGAUCCCCGUGAUCCAAGAGCUCCACACCAUCCAGACAUGCGCAGGGAAGGGUGGGGUAUGGGACGCCCCGACAUGGGUAUCAGAACACCCUCAGGCCCCUCUUCUGCUGGCUCAGCUGGCAGUAGUGGCCAGCAUGGGCCAACUCCCCCUCCUCCCCAUCACCAGAGUCUUCAUAAUGGACACCCACCUCAUCCUCAGGGUGGACGUCCCCCUGCGCAGCUACCACCAGAGGCAGGAGGCCCACCUGGUCAUCCAAACGGACCCCACUAUCCCCCCCAUGCUCACCCUGGCCAACACCCUCCCCACCACCCCCACUCAGGCCCCUACCCACACCCCAACCAGCACCCCCACCAGCCCAACCACCACCCAGGCCAGCAUCCCCACCAGUCUCCACCUGCACAGCGGCCGUACCACCGGGGACCUCAGCCGCUGCCUCCCCCUCACCAGUCUCCUCAUGGUGCUCCUCCUCACCACAGCUCUCAGAGCCACCUUCAUCAGCUACAUCUUCAGCAGCAGCAGCAACAGUCCCAGCAUCAACAGCAGCAACAGCAGCAGCAACAGCAACAGCAUCAACAGCAGCAUCCACCACAGCAGCAACAUGAGCAGCAUCAACAGCAGCAAUUACCCCCACCACCUCCACCACAUGGGGUACAAAAGUUGCCACAGCAGCCACACCAGGUCCCACCUCAUGGCCAGAUGUAUGCAAAGCCACCAGCUCCAGCACCAGAACAGAUUUCUCCCCCCAACAAGGGAUCCCCCAAUGUACAACAAGAUCACAAUGGAAACCGGUUUGACCCUCAAUCAACCACGCAAGCUCCGCCUCAGGUAAAAUUACGAGAUCGCAAAGCCAGCGGCGAUGGCAAGGAAGGAGGUAGUGCAGGAAGUGGUAGUGCCCAAGUCAACAACAAUACAACCACUCAACCUGGGAAGUCUCCGCCAGGAUUCUCCAGCCAAGGGAACUCUGUUCAGCAUCACCAGUCAAACAAACCACAUGAUCAGCAGAGAUUAUCACAUGAGCAGUUCCGAGCAGCUCUUCAGAUGGUUGUGAGCCCAGGAGAUCCCAGAUACAACUUGGAUAAUUUCAUUAAGAUUGGUGAAGGAUCAACAGGCAUUGUUUGCAUAGCCAGUGAGAGAGAAACUGGCAAUCAGGUUGCAGUGAAAAAGAUGGAUCUGCGGAAGCAACAGCGUCGUGAACUGCUCUUCAAUGAGGUGGUCAUCAUGAGGGACUACCACCACCCAAACAUUGUCGAAAUGUAUGAUUCCUUCUUGGUGGAGGAUGAACUCUGGGUGGUGAUGGAGUUCCUUGAAGGGGGAGCACUUACAGACAUAGUCACUCAUGCGAGAAUGGAUGAGGAACAAAUUGCAACGGUUUGCAGACAGUGCCUGAAAGCAUUGGCCUACCUCCAUUCACAAGGAGUCAUCCACCGUGACAUAAAGAGUGACUCUAUUUUGCUUGCAAGUGAUGGCAGGGUGAAACUCUCAGACUUUGGCUUCUGUGCUCAAGUGUCCCAGGAGCUGCCAAAGCGUAAGUCUUUAGUGGGCACGCCAUAUUGGAUGGCACCAGAGGUUAUAUCACGGCUACCCUAUGGCCCAGAAGUAGACAUUUGGUCCCUUGGCAUCAUGGUGAUUGAGAUGGUCGAUGGUGAGCCUCCAUUCUUCAACGAACCCCCCUUGCAAGCAAUGAGACGUAUAAGGGACAUGCCGCCACCCAAACUAAAGAACUCUCAUAAGAUAUCACCACGGUUACAAGGAUUCCUGGAAAAGAUGCUGGUUCGUGAUCCUGGUCAGAGAGCCACUGCAUUUGAGCUCCUCCAACACCCAUUCCUUCGUCAGGCUGGUCCUCCCUCCCUCCUUGUGCCACUGAUGAGGUCGUUCAGACAUUCUCCCUGUUGAGCUCUUAAUUCUUAUGCAUUUGAAGAUGGUAAUAAUUGAUUUGAUAGGUAUGUGCCUUAGCAAGAACUUACUUGGUAAUUCUGGAUGCUUAAAACUGCCUUAUAUGCUUAAAAAUAGGAAAUCCACGUCGUAAUUAUCGAACGUCGUAAAAAUGUUGAAACUGCACUGUGAUUAUCUGGAAUGUGACAGGUGCAGCUGGCAGAUGUAACUCAAGGAAAUUUUGUUAAGACACGUUAAGUACUGCUUUAUAUAUUUUAGGAAUCGAGCAGUGUGCUAUGCCUUUUUUUUACACUUCAUGAAAUAUUACAUGAAAUGGUGACUUAGCACUAGCAGCUGUAUGUAAGGUGUGUCUACAUUGGCAGCUUAACAGUGUACACAUAUUACAUGUGGAGUAAAAAGCAUCUUCAGAAAACUAUGUAUUCCAGCCCUACUCAUUGUUCCUAAGGGAUUUGUAACCAAGCUGUAUUUUUGUAUAGAUAUAUAUUUACUUUAUAAAUACGAAUAUUUCAUAUCACCAAAGAGGCUUUUAGUAAUUGCUGAAUGUAGACAGAUGUGGUGGGCAUACUUAUAAGCAAAGGAAUGUUGCUCACCACUAGUUAAGUUUUGUAGUUGUACGUAUGAUCUGCCAUAUAAGCCCCUUUCAGGCCCACACACAUGUAUAUGCUGGGCAGCUAUGAGUUCCAAUGAUAAAAAACUAAAGUGCCCUGAUUGAGCUAGUUGAAAUAAUCUGGGCUGAAAGAGACCAUUCCAGUACAUAUGACUUGUUUUUUCUCUGUCUCGUGCUUCAGUUUAAGUUUUUUGAAGCAGUAACAGGGAGCAUGUAGAUAGAUUGUAAUUUUGAAUGACAUUGUAUCUGACAGUGUAAGAAAUUCUUGCCAUUAUUUUUUCGUUUCAUUUUUGUAAAUAUAUCUGUACAUGCCUUGUUGAUUUUAUCAUUUGUAACUAGCAUUUAAUACUUGUACAGCUCAUUCCAUCACAUAGGCAGUGUAAUUACUGCUGUUUUAAUAUAAUGUUGACCAGAAACAGCUUUGAGGGGCAGUAAGAGAGUCCUAAAGUCAUGUCAUAAAUGGCCCUUCUUCAGUAGUUAAUUUGUAACUUAUGUACAGAUUCAUUGCCGUAAAAGACAGCAUUAUUACUCACAUGUAAUUUUACAAAGUAUUUCUUUCUAAUUCACCAUAUUUUAAGGAUGUAAAGUAGACAGACUUUCAAACUCUAAUGGAACCAUUCAUUUUCACUAAUAAUGUAUCUGAUUGCAUUGUUUGUGAUAUCAUUAGUGAAUUACUGAGCCAUGAACAGUAACUUCAGGCAUGAAUUAAGACCUCUUUGCUGUUCCCACAAGCUGUUGAUAAUCUUUCUCAUUGGACUAUUGUUUGUUGUCAAAUGUAAUUUUAUAUUGUUACUUUUUUAUUUAUUAUGAUUAUCACUAUCUUUUAAUGCAGAUACAGAAGAUUUGAAAUGACUCCAUAAUUUACUUUUAAUAUUUCUCGAGUAUGUUAAGGAACCACUCAAAAUUGAUUUUCGUGCCUUAGGAGUGUGCCUGCCAUGGCAAAGCUGGAGACGGUUGUAAGAACCACUGUUACGAGCAGCUGAUUCACUCCUGAACCAGAACUCGGCCCAGAGGUCACUAAAAAGUUGAUAAUGUGACUUGCAAAUUUAUGUGCUUUGUUAUUUCUUACAUGUAAACAUGUAAACUUUGAAUGUUAAAAGAUGUUUAUAGAGACUAGUAAUUGCAAGUGUAUAAUGUACCUGUAACAUAAAUGUAGAGUGUAUAAUACGUGUACAAUGAACAUUAGUGUGGUGUGCCGUCCUCUGUAACCUUGCUUCCGUCCCCAAUGCUUUGUCUCCAGUGAAUGUCCGCAUAUUCAGUCAUCCCGUCCAUACUGAUGCCUUGAAUGUUGUAUGUUGUGUGCACAUCGCUAAUAUUUGGAGUGGAAGAUAUAUGUUGUUUAUAGACAGUUGAAAAAAUGCUCAGAGGAAAUUAUUUUUUUGUAAGGGAGGGUUCUAUACACAUAGUUUUACAGUAUUACACGCUAAAAUGUUGAUUUUAGUGAUGUAUCUAUUUUUAUGUUUUUUUUUAUUAUUAUCAAAUGUCAGAAUUGUGUAUUUACUGUGUUGGUAUUUUUGACAUUUAAUUUUCUUUGGUUUUAUGAUUGUGAGCAUAAAAAAAGAAAUAUGCUUCAUAUGAACAAAAAUGCUUUUUAGAGAGUUGUUGCUCUCUAAUAGUAAUGAUAGAUAAUCACUAAGUAUUAGAUAAGGAUAACUCGUGUCUGUUUUAAAGUAAAAGUAUUGAGGAAAAUUUCAUGCUCAAACUGAGGCAGCUUCAUGUAUCAUUAUUUGCCUGAGCUGUAGAACUAUUAAGGUAAUGAGUUUUAUAUUUUAUUUUAUUUAUUCAUCAUGCCUUUCUUCAUUUAUUUAUUUUUGUUGUUUUAGGGGUCUUUUACUGAGCAUUAAGGUGCAUUGUAAUUACUCUGAAAUAGAAGGGAUCACUUUAUUUUAGCCCUUAAUAGGUCACAAUGUAUAUUGCAGCCAAGUCACACUGUACAUAAUUACCCUCAUACUGUGUUGUUGGAAUAUGCCAUGUGUAUGCUAAUCUUUCAUUCCCAUUUAGUAUUAGCUUGUAUAUCCCCCUUUUUUGCGAACAGACGGUAAAAAAAAUAUAUGCCAUAAGCUCAGGCCUUGAAGAUGUUUGCGUUUUUCUUAAAAUCAUUAUGUUAUUGCUCAUUACAGAAUAUACACUUCCUCAUGGUUAUUAUUAUUAUUAUUUUUUCCUCUUUUUUUUUCCCCUGCCUUCCCAUCAGUUAAGAUUUUGCAUUUAUUUCCCUCCCCCUUCCCCAAGUUUCAAUUCAGUGUUUUCCACAUGUUGAUUAAAGAAUCACACAGGGUUUCAGAUUUUAGGUGCUGAAAUGUGUUCAACUUGUGAUGUGCAUGAAUUUAGAAAUAGGUAUGUAUGUAUUUAAGUAGGAUGGUGUAUGUGUGUGUGUGUGUGUAUAUAUAUAUAUAUGUACAUUCUGUAUGUGUGCAUACGCGUAUUAUGUACACAGGUGAACGAAAGAGAGAGAGAGAUAAUGUGCGUGCUUGUGUUGCAUGGUAUAUGUACAUGUAUGCACAGGUAUAUAUGUGCGUGUGCUUGUGUGUCUGUGUAUGUGUUAAUGAGAUACUGCAUAUAUGAUUGUAUGUUUGUUAUGAAAGAUGUAUGGAUGUACAUAUAUGUGAACACUAUUUCCAUUCUGCAAAUAGGAAUUACCCUUUUUAGGGAAUCAUUUUGAAAUAUCAAUUUCCACAUUGAAAAUAAAAAUUGGUAUAAUUGAGUUACGAAAGCAGUAAGCUGUAACUAAUUAUCUUUUCAGGUAGAAUUUUUUUGGCAGUUAUAUAGAGGUAAUGAGGACUAAAAAUUAGUUGUACAAUUUUGCAAACAAUUACUUCAUUGCUAAAAGUUAAGCAGGUUCUUAAUGUUCCAAUUUUAAAGACUUAAAAUAAUUUACAAACAUUUCUUGAAGUAUGGCAGUGUAUGUGGCUAAUUUUCAUAUCUGAAGAAGAAAUUAGAAAGGAGUAAAGCAUCUCAAAGACCAAGUCCUUUACUCUAAAACAUAUUUUCGGUUUGAUAUUAAAUUUAUUUUGAGACUAUUAGAAUAAGAAAAAUACAUUCCAAUGAAUUUAAUCAAUGAAUUUAAUCACAAAUAAUGCACCAAAUACUUGGGUUGAACUUUAGUACGUAACAUCUGGACCUUUCAGAGAAGAAAAACAGUGUUCCAAAAAUAAAAGUAUUUCUUCCCAGAACUUUCCCAGGUUAGAUUCCUGUCUUCCUAAGAUGCAUUUCUCAUCAAGCUUUUUGUAGACCUGUUGAUACUUGUGAAUAUUGAAUAUUGGUUACACAGCUAGUUUGUAUUUAGUAAGUAACUUUUUUUUUGUUUAAUUUUAAGUUCCAUAGCUAAAAAGAUUAUGUAGCCAUGUAAAUACACAUGUACUAUUUUAGAUAAUAGCAAUAAACUCCACUGAUUAAAAA